AUGGACGAGAGACCAUCCAAGAAGCGCAAGGUCCGCAAGGGCACGAGGAGCUGCUGGCAGUGCAGGAAGAGAAAGAUCCGCUGCGAGUUCGCCUCCAAUGAGGAGCAGACCUGCAACGGCUGCAAAUCUCGGGGCACCACCUGCGUCAGUCAAGAGUUCACCGACGAUGAACCUUCCGGUCCGCCCGAGCGCGGCCUUGCCCAGCGCCUCGGCCGGCUCGAAGAGUUGAUGGUCAAGCUGGCCGACAAGAUUGGUCCGGAGGCGUCAAUCGUCAGCGGCAGCAGCAGCAAUAGCAACAAUAGCAACAGCAACAGCAACAGCAACAGCAUCAACACGCCGACAUCAUCGGUCGAUGGAUCCCUACGCUCGUCCGAGUUUCAAGGUACCCCGGAUGAUUCCACACUGAUGUCCGCGACCGUCACCAUCUCCUCUUCGACACCCGGCGAUGUGAUCCCCGAGACUCGCACGCCGCAAGGCCGUCCGUCCCGGUCCGGUUCCAAGUACGAGAAGGUGUGCCGAGAGCUUUACUCGGCAUUCCCCUCUCCCGAGGAUGCCAAAACGAUUGUCCACUCGAGCAGGGGCCCCAUCUUCCUCCUGGCCAUGUUCUACUCGUACCAAGACAUCCUCGACGGCAACUCCCCCGCAACGGCGGCUCUCACCGUCGUGCCCGACGUCAACAAGCACCCGGCUGUCCUGGCAAGGAAACUGCUCCAGCUGACCAUCUGUCUUCAGCAGCUGCCGCCCAGCUUCGACUCCUCUAAACUCGAGCUCGGCUUGAAGGGCUCUAUCCAGGACAAGAUGAACGAGUGGGCCGCCGUCGCCGGCCUGGUCACCUCCAACGAAGAGCUUCUCGGUUCUGCAGAGGGCCUGGAGUGCCUCAUCCUCCUGGGCUUCUACCUUCUCAACUCCGGGAACCUGCGCAAGGCGUGGCUCGUCAUGAGACGCGCGCUGAGCCUGGCACAGCUGAUGGGCAUCGAGGCCGACCUGGCGCGGCCUCUGAAGUCGUGCGACCCGGCCACCGACACCAGCAUCAUCCCCGCCUCCCAGACCUUCUGGUACCGCAUCAACUUCUGCGACCGCUACAUCUCCCUCCUCCUCGGCCUCUCGGCUGGGACCCAGGAUAACAGCUUCCUGACGGACGAGUUCCUGGCCCGGGACACGCCGAUGGAACGGCUGGAAAAGCGGUACACGGCGAUUGCCCUGCGCAUCAUCGAGAGGAACCGCGCGCCGGCCCACGAGGCCUACGCCAUCACCCAGUCGGUCGACUGCGAGCUCGAAAACGCCGCAAAGUCCAUGGGGCGAAGCUGGUGGGAGAUCCCGUCCUUGAUGCCCCACUACACCACCGACACGCCGGCCCAGAUGGGCGUCAUGUCGCACCUGAUGCUCCAGAUCCACCACCACAGCCUGCUCAUCCUGCUGCAUCUCCCCUACAUGCUCCGGAACCAGACCAACAGCCGCUUCGACUACAGCAAGAACACGUGCCUCGAGUCGAGCCGGGCGGUGCUGCGACGCUGCGUCAUCUUCCGCACCGCCAACGACGUCGCCUUCUCGUGCCGCCACAUCGACUACUCGUCGCUGAUGGCCUCCAUGACGCUCCUGCUCGGCCACCUCAGCCGGCCCCCCGGCGUGCGCGAGGAAGACUGGUCCAGACAGCGCAACGAAGACCGCGCGUUGGCAGUCAAGGUCGUCGCCAAGAUGGAGGAGCUAGCCCUUCUGAACGACGACAAGCUGUCGUGCGAGAGCGCCGACAUCAUCCGGAAGCUCCUUCCCAUCGUCGACUGCUGCAACGGCAUGACGCCGGCGCAGUUCCACGGCGAGGAGGCCCGGAACCUGCAGCUCGUGAUCCCGUACCUGGGCGUCAUCAACAUCAACACGACCACCAACCAGGCAGCCGAGUCGUGCACCGUCGACCUGAGCCACUCACAGCUGCCGACGCCGACCAACACCGCCACCACCACCACCACCACCACCGCCGCCGCCGCCGUGGCGUCCGAGACCUACCAGGAGAUGACGCCCCCCGAGCUGUGCGCCGAGGCGCUGCUGGGUCAGGACAACACCAUCCCCCACGAGGACCCCUCCGCCGGGUUGUUCAGCACUGACUGUCUGGAGGGGUGGUCAUGCCCCGGCAUUACAGCAGAGGCCGGCGACUGGACAUUCCAGGGCGUCGACACGACGUACUGGUCUCUGCUGAACAGCGGCAUGGCCUGCAACUUUACCCAGUGA